AUGAAUUUCAAUGAUCCAUCACAAUAUAUAAAACAUAAUCAAGCAUUUUUCCGAAAGUUUAAACCAAUAGUAUAUAGAGAUAAACCAAUAAUAGGUCAUACAACAACAUCAACAGAAAUUAUAACAAUAUCAAUAAAUCCAUGUGGUUCAAGAGUUGUUUAUUCAAGAACUGAUAAAACUAUAAGAAUAUAUAAGAGUUAUACUGAUGGAUUAUAUGAUCCUAUAACUAUUGAAGAUGCUCAUUUAAAAUCAGUUGAAAGUAUUAGUUGGAAUCCAAAAACUGAAUUUGAUUUUGCAACGGUGGGAAACGAUGAAAAUAUUAAAAUAUGGAGAAGUUUAAAUGGUAGUUUAGUUAAUAUAAUAAAGACUGAACUAAAAAAUUUAAGAAUUGUAAGAUAUUCAAUUGAUGGAGAAAUUUUAAUUGCAAUUGAUAAAUCGUCUACAAUUUUAAUUUAUUCAGUAUUAAAUAAUUAUAAAUUAAUUCAAAAGUUUAUAAUUAAUGAAUAUAUUUAUGAUUUACAAUGGUUUAAUUAUGAACAUUCAUAUUUUAUAUUAGCAUUACAUGAUGGUUCAUCACCAAUAUAUGAAAUAAAUAAUGAUGGUGAAUUUGAUCCCAAGAAAGAUAAUAAUGAAUUAUAUAAAAUAAAAACUAUAAUAAAAGGUCAUAGAUCAUCAACAAAUACAAUAGCAGUAUCACCAAAAGGUUCAUAUUUUGUAAUUGGAGGAAGUGAUGGUAUAAUAAGUAUAUGGAACACGAUAAAUUUAUUAAACAAAAAUGUUAUAACAGAUAUUGAUCAAUCAAUUUCAAAUAUAAGUUGUUCAAGAGAUGGAACAUAUUUUAGUGCAAGUUUUGAAAAAAAUUCAAAUUCUAUUAUAUAUGAUAAUGAUUUAUGUAUAAAAAUGUUUGAGAUCCCUAAUAGUGAAAGUGGUAAAUUUACUUUUAAUUGUGUUUAUUGGUUUCCUUCAAAAACUGAAUUUGUUUAUUCAAGUGAUUUUGGUACUACUUUAACUUUAAUGCAUAAACCUGAAGAAACAAGAACGGGAAUAAGACCAUUAAAUAGGAGGUAG